CACCUACCCACUCCCAAUCCCUGGAAAGUCAAGAGAGAAUUUCAAGAUCACAUAGACAAUAUCAGCAAAGUCAGGGUUAGAACCCCAAACCCUCCAAAAACCUAGUCUGUGCUCCUACCCUGACACUGUAUGUAAGAGUAUCUUAUAUUUCAUCUUAGCCAAAUGGCCGAGAAGCAAUAUAUAACAGUAUCUCCAACGGAAACACCUUAGAGCUAGACCUUCCUCUGCAAAUCACAGUUUUCCUAAGCAAUACUGAGAGACCUCAUAAAAUAAGAAGAGUAGAUUGACAGCAAAUGUUCUCUUUAAAAUGAAAAGAAUCCUUGAAGGAAUUCAUUUUUAAAAGUGUAAUUUUCAAGACAGCGGGACGUUCCGCUUCACAGAGGGAACCUUCAUAGUGCUAGUGAUGGAAGAGAAUUAAAUAUGGGUGAUGUUGAGAAAGGCAAGAAGAUUUUUGUUCAGAAGUGUGCCCAGGGCCACACGGUGGAAAAGAGAGGCCAGCACAAAACUGGGCCUAAUCUCCAUAGUCUCUUCGGGUGGAAGACAGGUGAAGCUGUUGGAUUCUCUUACACAGACACCAAUAAGAACAAAGGCAUCACCUGGGGAAAGGAUACACUGAUGCACUAUUUGGAGACUCCCAAGAACAACAUCCCAGGAACAAAAAUUAUCUUUGCCGGCAUUAAGAAGAAGGCAGAAAGGGCAGACUUGAUAACUAAUCUCAAAAACGCUACUAAUGAGUAAUAAUUGGCCACUGCCUUAUUUAUUACAAAACAGAAAUGUCUCAUGACUUUUUUAUGUGUACCAUAAUUUAAUAGAUCUCACAUACCAGAAUUCAGAUAAUCAAUGACAGAAUAUUUUGUUCGGCAGUCCUGAUUUAAAACUAAGACUGGUUUGCGGUUAAAUGAAUAUGUUUGGUUUUUUGAAUUUUAAUAGUAAUUCCAAUUCAGUAAAUGCUAACACUAUUUACCCGUUCUAAAGAUAUGAUUCGAUUUCAUUAGUAAUGUUCAACUUUUCACAAAGAUGAAUGCCAUCUUAAAACUUAAUAGAGAUUGGUUUUA